CCGCGCUCGUCAGCCGCCGCCGCCGCCCGAGUCUCGCGCACAGCAGUUAUGGCGGAUCCCGCAGCCCCCGCGCCCGCAGCUCCCGCUCCCGCCCAGGCCUUGGCCCCUGCUCUCGAGGCGGCCCCGGCCACAGCCCCGGCUCCGGCCCCGGCGCCGGCGCCCGCCCCGGACCCGGCCUCCGGGCCGUCCUCGGACUCCGGCCCCGAAGCCGGCUCGCAGCGUCUCCUGUUCUCUCACGACCUGGUGUCGGGCCGUUACCGCGGCUCGGUGCACUUCGGGCUGGUGCGCCUCAUCCACGGCGAGGACUCGGACUCGGAGGGUGAGGAGGAGGGCCGCGGCAGCUCGGGCUGCUCCGAGGCCGGGGGCGCGGGCCACGAGGAGGGCCGGGCCAGCCCGCUGCGCCGCGGCUACGUGCGCGUCCAGUGGUACCCAGAGGGCGUCAAGCAGCAUGUGAAGGAGACCAAGCUGAAACUGGAGGACCGUUCCGUGGUGCCCCGGGAUGUGGUCCGGCACAUGCGAUCCACUGACAGUCAGUGCGGCACGGUGAUAGACGUCAACAUCGACUGCGCUGUCAAGCUCAUCGGCACCAACUGCAUCAUCUACCCCGUCAACAGCAAGGACCUCCAGCAUAUCUGGCCCUUCAUGUAUGGGGACUACAUUGCCUAUGACUGCUGGCUAGGGAAGGUCUAUGACUUGAAGAACCAGAUCAUCCUGAAACUAUCCAAUGGCGCCAGGUGCUCCAUGAACACAGAGGACGGCGCCAAGCUCUACGACGUCUGCCCACACGUCAGCGACUCAGGUCUCUUCUUUGAUGAUUCCUACGGCUUCUAUCCAGGCCAGGUGCUCAUCGGCCCCGCCAAGAUCUUCUCCAGCGUCCAGUGGCUGUCAGGGGUCAAACCCGUGCUCAGCACCAAGAGCAAGUUCCGAGUGGUGGUAGAAGAGGUGCAGGUUGUGGAGCUGAAAGUAACAUGGAUUACCAAGAGUUUCUGUCCAGGGGGCACGGACAGCGUCAGCCCCCCGCCCUCUGUCAUCACCCAGGAAAACCUAGGCAGGGUGAAGCGUCUCGGAUGCUUUGACCAUGCUCAGCGGCAGCUUGGGGAACGCUGUCUGUAUGUCUUCCCAGCCAAGGUAGAGCCGGCCAAGAUUGCCUGGGAAUGUCCAGAAAAAAACUGCGCCCAGGGGGAGGGCUCUAUGGCCAAGAAGGUGAAGCGCCUAUUGAAGAAACAGGUGGUGAGGAUCAUGUCUUGCUCCCCGGACACCCAGUGUUCCAGGGACCAUUCCAUGGAGGACCCAGACAAACAAGCAGAAGCCAAAGCCAAGAGCGAAAUGGGGCCAGUUAGCCCUGAGGAGACCCCCGACGGCUCUGCCAGCCCCGUGCGGGUGCCGCAUGAGGAAGAGUCCCACGAGGCUGGAGAGCAGCUGCCCCCGUUCCUGCUGAAGGAGGGCGGCGACGACCGGCUGCACUCGGUUGAGCAGGACGCAGAUGACGAGGCUGCCGACGACACAGAUGACACCAGCUCGGCAACGUCCUCUGCCAGCUCCAGCACCUCUUCUCAGAGCGGCAGCGGUACUGGCCGCAGGAAGAGCAUCCCCUUGUCCAUCAGGAACCUAAAGCGGAAGCACAAGAGGAAGAAGAAUAAAGUUACUCGUGACUUCAAGCCAGGGGAUAGGGUGGCAGUGGAGGUGGUGACCACAAUGACCUCAGCUGAUGUGAUGUGGCAGGAUGGCUCCGUGGAGUGCAACAUCCGCUCCAACGACCUCUUCCCCGUGCACCACCUGGACAACAAUGAGUUCUGCCCCGGAGACUUCGUGGUGGACAAGCGAGUCCAGAGUUGUCCGGACCCUGCUGUCUAUGGCGUGGUGCAGUCUGGGGACCACAUUGGCCGCACCUGCAUGGUGAAGUGGUUCAAGCUGCGGCCAAGCGGGGACGAUGUGGAACUGAUUGGAGAAGAGGAGGAUGUGAGUGUUUACGACAUUGCUGACCACCCCGAUUUUCGCUUCCGCACAACUGACAUCGUCAUCCGUAUUGGCAAUACUGAGGACGGGGCUCCUCACAGGGAGGAUGAGCAGCCGUCGGUGGGCCAGGUGGCCCGCGUGGACGUCAGCAGCAAGGUGGAAGUGGUGUGGGCUGACAACUCAAAGACCAUCAUCUUGCCCCAGCACUUGUACAACAUUGAGUCUGAGAUCGAGGAGUCAGACUACGACUCAGUGGAAGGCAGCACUAGUGGGGCAUCCUCAGAUGAGUGGGAGGAUGACAGUGACAGCUGGGAGACAGACAAUGGGCUGGUGGAGGAUGAGCACCCCAAGAUAGAGGAGCCCCCACUUCCACCUGCUGAGCAGCUGGCAGCCCCUGAGGAGGACAAGGGGGUGGUGAUCAGCGAAGAGGCUGCAACGGCUGCCAUCCAGGGGGCUGUGGCCAUGGCCGCCCCCGUGGCCGGGCUGAUGGAGAAGGCUGGCAAGGAUGGGCCUCCCAAGAGCUUCCGGGAGCUGAAGGAGGCCAUCAAGAUCCUGGAGAGCCUCAAGAACAUGACCGUGGAGCAGCUAUUGACGGGCUCCCCCACCUCCCCCACCGUGGAGCCCGAGAAACCAACGCGGGAGAAGAAGUUCCUGGAUGACAUCAAGAAGCUGCAGGAGAACCUCAAGAAGACUCUGGACAAUGUGGCUAUCGCAGAGGAGGAGAAGAUGGAGGCGAUGCCCGACACAGAGCGCAAGGAGGACAAGCCCGAAGGCCAGUCACCAGUGAAAGCCGAGUGGCCCAGCGAGACCCCAGUGCUCUGCCAGCAAUGUGGUGGCAAGCCGGGUGUCACCUUCACCAGCGCCAAGGGCGAGGUCUUCUCGGUGCUGGAGUUUGCGCCCUCAAAUCACUCUUUUAAGAAAAUUGAGUUCCAGCCUCCAGAAGCCAAGAAGUUCUUCAGCACAGUACGGAAGGAGAUGGCACUGCUGGCUACCUCACUGCCCGAUGGCAUCAUGGUCAAGACCUUUGAGGAUAGAAUGGACCUCUUCUCGGCCCUCAUCAAGGGCCCCACUCGAACCCCCUAUGAGGAUGGGCUCUACCUGUUUGACAUCCAGCUCCCCAACAUCUACCCAGCUGUGCCCCCCCACUUUUGCUACCUCUCCCAGUGCAGUGGCCGCCUGAACCCCAACCUGUAUGACAAUGGGAAGGUGUGUGUCAGCCUUCUGGGCACCUGGAUUGGAAAGGGGACAGAGAGGUGGACAAGCAAAUCCAGCCUUCUUCAGGUGCUCAUCUCUAUCCAAGGUCUGAUCCUGGUGAAUGAACCAUACUACAACGAAGCCGGCUUCGACAGUGACCGGGGCCUGCAGGAAGGCUAUGAGAACAGUCGCUGCUACAACGAGAUGGCUCUGAUCCGCGUGGUGCAGUCCAUGACCCAGCUGGUGCGGCGGCCCCCCGAAGUCUUCGAGCAGGAGAUCCGGCAGCACUUCAGCACUGGCGGCUGGCGGUUGGUGAACCGCAUCGAGUCCUGGCUGGAAACCCAUGCCCUGCUGGAGAGGGCCCAGGCGCUGCCCAACGGGGUCCCCAAGGCCAGCAGCUCGCCGGAGCCACAUGCUGUGGCCGAGCUCUCAGACUCCGGCCGAGAAGAAGCUGAGGAUGGAGGGCUGGCCCCUGGAGAGGCCUCCCAGGGCUCAGACUCAGAAGGCGGUGUCCAGGGCCUGGCCUCAGCUAGCAGGGACCACACAGACCAGACUUCGGAGACCGCGCCAGAUGCGUCGGUGCCACCCAGUGUCAAACCAAAGAAGCGGAGAAAGAGUUACCGAAGCUUCUUGCCUGAAAAGAGUGGCUAUCCUGACAUCGGCUUCCCCCUCUUCCCGCUUUCUAAGGGUUUCAUCAAGAGCAUCCGUGGCGUUCUGACACAGUUCCGGGCCGCCCUGCUAGAGGCAGGCAUGCCUGAGAGCACAGAGGACAAGUAGCCGCCAGCCCUCGAGGAAGGAGCGUCACAGCAGGAGAGGCCAGCUGCUGCCUGCUCACUCUCCCCUGGGAUCUCCCCUCUUCCCAUCCCCUUCUGUCCCUAAUGCAGGCCCCACUGCCCUCUUCUCCCCGAGAUGAGUUUGAUGCUGAAGUGCAAGAAGUGUCUCGAUGCUGCCGUUUCUGUUCCAAAGUGGUCUUUCAACAGGCGGCCCCCCCGGCAGAGUUGGAACCCUGUUGCCGGUUUUCCACUUGUCACCCCUGGCAGACUGUCCCGGCACUUGCUCCCUUGCUGUCCCCUUCUCGGGUCAGAGGUGGGGUGUUCCUAGGGCCUGAUGCUGGGUGCUGUGGGUCCAGGUGCCCUGCAGAUCAGCAGGAGAGUGGAUGUGCCUUGCAUGAAGUGUGGGUUGCUCCUGCAAGUCCUCUAGUCCCUUUCAACCUCUUCAGUUCAACUAUAGCCUCUCCAUGUCCCUGACCCUCCUGCUGCCACUGCCACCAGCUCCUCCCUAGUCCCUCGGCAUCAGCACUAUCCCUUGGGAGUUGUAGCUGCUAUCACUGACUCCCAACUGUACUCUGGCCUGUUUACCACAUCAUAGCCGUUGGGCCUGUUGAACUUGCUCUCUUAGAGAGGUUGGAACCAGGCUAGGCUCAGGGUAACACCCAGGAGAGGUGGUGUCCCUGACACACUAACAUGGAAUUGACCAGGGAGCUGCUAGAAAAGAAACAGCUGUAGGUGCCUUGCUCAUCCUGUCCAAGGCUGGUGGGGCAUCGACAGUUAAGGCCUUGCCGGUUUGGACUGUAACAGAUGUCUGCUCCCUGUCCAGCCUCAGCUCCAGCCCAAGGAGGCAGGAGCAGCAGCACAGGGCCGGGGCAAGUGCUAGGGCCUCUCCCCCAUCAGAUGGUAACACUGGGAGGUGGCGUGCAGCUCACUGAGCGUGCAGUGAGCCCGGCCUCGGAUGGGAAUGAGGCCUCCUGUCAGCCCUUUGCUUACAAACUCUGCAGGCUCAAUCCCAAAAGAGAGGGGUGGUGGGCGGGGGCUCUCCCUCCCAAGGACAGGCCCAGAGGUUUACAAGUUUUCUAAGCUUUUGAUAAUGUGAAGCUCCAGGUUAAGAGGAUGCUGUUGAGCACAUUGCAGCUAUGUAAUUUUUGGUGUAUGUAUGUAAUAUUUAAGGUUGGGAAAAAUAUAAAUCUCAAAAGCAGAGAUAUUAACUCAUACUAGAAAAAAAAGACAAAAAAAAAAAGCCAAAGCAUGAUGUGUCUUGUCAGCCUUAAGUGGGCUCCACACCUGUGCUGUGCCGUGACCACCCUGCCAGCAGAACCGUGGGGGGAAGGAGCCGGACCACAUGCCGUGGCAUAUGGAGCCCAGAGUCGGUACCUUGAGAAACAUCCAGAGUGACUGGUGGGGCCAUGCUUCCCAGUGCAUGGUUCAUGUGGAGAUGUGAAUGCCUGCUGCUUACAAUAUCUGUAUAAAGUGCUGUGUGAUUAAACUUUUUUUUACUUGCAUUUUUUUUUUUUUUUGGUUGGCUCAUUAACAAAACAAGGUGACACCAUUAAACCUGCCUCUGCCAUUCA